UGAGAUUUGGAAGUGUCGAUUUGAUAUAACUCUAUAAGCAAAGCAAGUGCUCUCUCUCGCUUGUAUGUAUGUAUCUUUUGACGUCUCCACGUACGAGUUUACGCAUCCAGACGCCUCGUUAGAGAGAAGAGAGAGAUCGAGAUCGAGAUCGAGAUCGAUUUCCUCCCUCUCUCUCUCGUGAAUCUCAUUUCCCCUUACCGCUAGAUUCUCUCUUCACCCUUUUCUCGCCCUUCCUUCUCCUCAUUAUUUUUUUGUCGUCUUCUGCUCUCUCACAGCACUCUUCUCUUUAGCUAUGGUGGGUGGUGCUGCGUCUUCUUCCUGUUACGCAUCUCCGCUAUGCACCUGGUUCGUCGCUGCUUGCAUGUCCGUCUCCCACGGCGGCGGAGAUUCCCGACAAGCCGUCUCCCUCAAAUCUACCGGGCGGAGUCGUCGAAGCAGACGACAGCUCACCAAAUGCUUGGCUCUUUCUGGAUCCGGUAGCGUUCAGGAGGCUCUCGUCACUACUUCCUUUGGGCCUUGCAAUCACUACAAUGCCUUGUCUUCUCUCUUCGGAUCGAACUCUGUUUCUCUCAAUCGAAACCAGAGGAGGUUGAAUCUGGCUGCUGCUAGUUCCGGUGGAGGAGCCAUGGCUGUUGCGAUGGAUAUGCAAAAGGAAGCCAAGGUUGACAACAAACCCCCUACGGAGCAGCGCCGUGUUGUGGUGACAGGCAUGGGAGUUGAAACAUCACUAGGUCAUGACCCAGACACCUUUUAUGAGAAUCUCCUACAAGGCAACAGUGGUAUUAGCCAGAUUGAGAAUUUUGAUUGUUCUGCUUUUCCCACGAGAAUUGCUGGAGAGAUCAAAUCCUUCUCAACUGAGGGGUGGGUUGCUCCGAAACUCUCAAAGAGGAUGGACAAGUUCAUGCUCUAUCUUCUCACUGCUGGCAAGAAGGCUUUGGUUGAUGGUGGGGUAACCGAAGAAGUAAUGGCAGAGUUUGACAAAGCCAAAUGCGGAGUCUUGAUUGGCUCUGCAAUGGGAGGCAUGAAGGUUUUUCAAGAUGCUAUUGAAGCUAUGAAGAUCUCUUACAAGAAGAUGAACCCUUUUUGUGUGCCUUUCGCCACAACAAACAUGGGUUCUGCUAUGCUUGCUUUGGAUCUGGGAUGGAUGGGGCCAAACUAUUCUAUCUCAACUGCUUGUGCAACAAGCAACUUUUGCAUUUUGAAUUCGGCAAACCACAUUAUUAAAGGGGAAGCUGAUGUAAUGCUCUGUGGUGGCUCGGAUUCAGUUAUUAUUCCAAUAGGGUUGGGAGGUUUUGUUGCAUGCCGUGCUCUUUCUCAAAGGAAUAAUGAUCCCACAAAAGCUUCUCGCCCUUGGGAUAGCAACCGAGAUGGUUUCGUGAUGGGAGAGGGAGCUGGAGUUUUGCUUUUGGAAGAGCUUGAACAUGCUAAGAAAAGAGGAGCAACAAUCUACGCAGAGUUCCUUGGUGGGAGUUUCACAUGUGAUGCCUAUCACAUGACCGAGCCUCGCCCUGAUGGUGCUGGUGUCAUUCUCUGUAUCGAGAGAGCAUUAGCUGAUGCUGGGAUUUCAAAGGAACAGAUCAACUAUAUAAAUGCACAUGCAACCUCAACACCAGCUGGAGAUCUUAAGGAGUACCAAGCCCUUGCUCACUGCUUUGGCCAAAAUCCUGAGAUAAAAGUAAAUUCCACAAAAUCUAUGAUUGGGCACUUGCUGGGAGCUGCUGGGGCCGUUGAAGCUGUCGCCACCGUGCAGGCAAUAAGGACCGGAUGGGUUCAUCCAAAUAUCAACCUCGAGAGUCCAGACAAUGGAGUGGAUACAAAUUUGCUGGUGGGUUCUGAGAAGGAGAGACUGGACAUUAAAGCAGCCUUGUCAAAUUCAUUCGGGUUUGGUGGGCACAACUCCAGCAUCAUUUUUGCUCCUUACAAGUGAAAGCACUCAUUGCCUGUACUCCAAACCUGGUUGUGUAACUUGCUGUAAGCGUUUACAAGAACUCCCCAUGUUAUGUUGUUGUGGGAAUCAACACAGUUUGUUAAACUACCAAGAGCUAAGCUAAGUUUCCUUAGGAUCAAGAUCCGAUUGUGCCAGAGAACUUGGACAAAGAGCAAACGUAGCAGAGUUUGGAUUUAGCUUCCGUGUGAUACCUUUCGAGUGGGAUCUUUGUAGCCUUUUUUUUUUGUAGUGUUUCAUUUCUAUUUGUUAAUCAUUACAAUCUGAAAAUUGCCAAACCAAUUCUCUGUUAAAUUUAGUAACUCUACACAGUUGUUAUCAAUGCUUCUUCUUAGCUUA